CCCCAGACCUCGGCCCAGAUCGGCCCUAGAACUGGCCCCCAGACCCGACCUCAGACCUCGGCCCAGAUCGGCCCCAGCAGGCGGGCCAGGCCGCUCGUACCCGGGUCCGAUGCCCGGGACCUGCAACGUGUGCGGGAAGGUCUUCCUCUUCGCCUACCUGCUGCGGCAGCACUACCGCAGCCACACCGGCGAGCGACCGUACGCCUGCCCCGACUGCGGGAAGCGCUUCCGCCAGAGCGGCCAGCUGAGCGUGCACCGGCGCAGCCACACGGGCGAGCGGCCCUUCGCCUGCGCCGACUGCGGGAAGCGCUUCGCCGAGUCGUCCACGCUGAAGAAGCACGCGGCGGUUCACUCGGGCCAGAAGCCCUUCUCCUGCCACGUCUGCGGCAAGAGCUUCUCGCUCAGCAGCAACCUCAACGCACACCUGAGGACGCACCAGCAGCUGCGGCCGUUCCUUUGCGCCAUCUGCGACCUGCCCUUCGCCCGCAAGGCGGCGCUUCAGGUGCACCAGCGCACGCACACCGGCGAGAAACCCUACAGUUGCCAGACCUGCGGGAAGCGCUUCAAGCACGGCAGCAGCCUCACCGUCCACCAGCGCACGCACACCGGGGAGAAACCGUACGGCUGCCAGACCUGCGGCAAGGCCUUCAUGGGCAGCGGGCGGCUGGUGGCCCACAUGAAGACCCACCGCACUGCUAGCCUCUCACCUCUGAUUACUGGUCAUAAAGACUAGAGACACUGAACCUGAGGGAGAAAUCAUCCAGAGUUGACACUUGAAGCGCCUUCGGACCGGACUCUGAUCUCAGAAACACCGACAGCCAAUCAGAGGGAUUCAUGUGACCCGGAACGGCGUCGGUGCUGAAUGACUUGUUGGUCGGCGUCUUGGUUUUUUGGUAUCGUAGCGUAACGGCUCGGUGCCGUGUCCUGGUCCUGUUUCAGCCGGACCCUCAGAAACCGGUCUGCAGAGGUACCUGAACUGCAGGUGGGGGGAGGAGCCAACCUGUGGUCAUGUUUACCUGCUUUUACCCGUCUCAACCUGCGACGGCAGCACUGGUGAUCCGUCUGGUGGUUCUGGUGUUUGAGCAGUUCUACAUUCCUAUGUUCUAUGUAUUUCUGUAGUUUUGUAUUGUC